ACCAUAGUUUACAACAUGUCUGACCAUGGAAUAAAUUUGAUCUUCUUAUCCGACGAUACAAUGGGAGAUUUGUUUAUUUAGCAAAAAGAAAAUUUUGUCACGUAAGGAGGCAUUUUCAGAAUGUUGUUUCUUGGCAGGAAUGUUUGGUUAAGGAGAUGAGAGUUAAGAAAUAUGGAAUUUAGAGUGGGAAACCUCCUUUUUACAUCCAAGUUCGACUCAGGAAAUUUGACCAAAGUUGAGAAAGUGACCCGUGAUGAAGAAGAAGAAGCACCCAGUUAUUAUCCAGAGGUGAAGCCAGACUAUGAAUACAAUGUUUGGACCAAACCAGAUUGUGGGGGUACAGAAUUUGAAAAUGGAAACAGAUCCUGGUUCUACUUUGGAAUAAGAGGAUGGAGUCCAAACAGAGUUAUCAAAAUCAAUAUAAUGAACCUGAACAGACAAGGUAAACUGUACAGCCAGGGUCAUACACCAUUCACUAAAACCCUCCCAGGACGUCCUCGAUGGGAAAGACUCAGGGAUAGACCAUCAUUUGAGACUGUAGAUGGACAGUUCAUUCUGUCCUUCACCUUUAGGUUUCCAGAUGUGAAAGGAGCAAUUACUUAUUUUGCAUUCUGUUAUCCAUGGUCUUAUACAGAAAGUUGUGAAAAGUUAAAUGAAUUGGACAGGAAAUAUGCUGCCUGCAAAAAUAUUAACUCUAACAGCAAUCCAGACGCUUUGUACUACCAUCGAGAGGUCAUAUGUUAUUCACUGGACAAGCUACGCAUAGAACUAUUGACCAUAUCUUCAUGUAAGGGAAUAAUGGAUGAAGAAGAACCAAGGUUUGAUGAAAACUUAUUUCCUGACAAGGAAAACAAAAGAUGUAAAAAGUUCCGAGGUAAAAGGGUUUACAUGUUAACUAGUAGAGUUCACCCUGGAGAAACUCCAGCAAGUUUUGUAUUCAAUGGAUUUUUAGAAUUCAUUUUAAGAGAAAAUGAUCCACGUGCCAAAAUGUUGAGGAGAGACUAUGUGUUCAAACUUAUUCCUCUACUGAAUCCUGAUGGAGUUCAGAGAGGACACUACAGAACUGAUCAAAGGGGGGUUAAUCUAAAUCGUCUUUAUCUUGAUCCUAGUUUUAGUCUUCAUCCCACAAUUUAUGCAUCAAAAAGUGUUUUAGUUUAUCAUCAUGUCAGAAAUCGUGUUGUUCCAGAGGAUGAUAAUCUCAGUCUCAGCAUUAAAUUCCCAGGAGGCUUUGUAUUAAAUUCUAGUCCUGAACCUCCCCCAAAAUCUAAACCUCCACUGCCGCAACAUGACGGAGGAGGAGAGAUAAACAAGAACAAUAAUAAAACCACUGGUGUGACUCUGAAAUAUGGUGCUAAUAAAAUAACUAAAUCAGAAAAACCUGCCAGAAAAGGCAAUGUUGAUAUAUACUCGUUACAACCAAAAGAAAAUUCAUGGAUAACCUCCAGUGAAGUUCAUGAUGGAGGAUUAAUCCCAUCUAAGGUACCAGUGGAACCUUUAGAUUUUUCUACUUUAUCUCGUGGUGAUACUCUGACUCAAAAUGAUUUUAAUGGUGCAGAUAGUAUACAUUUAUCUUCAUCUUGUAGUAGUGUGAUGAGUAACAAAGGGGAUAGAAAAAUAGAUAGUGAGUUAAGACUUAGAUUAUCUGAGUUAAACAUGUCUGAUGACUGUCGUGGGAAAAUGAGCAUGAUGUCAAUGAGUGUUGGAUUAUUGGAUUCUGACAUUGAGGAUAGAAACGAUGAACACCUCGGAAAUGAAGGUUCAGAAGAUGACGAUUUUAGAGCCGAAUAUUCUUUUGGAAAUAAUAACUGUCCACAUUUAAGUGAUCCACGUUUAAAGGAUAUUCCGCCACAUCACAGUGGAAUUGCAUUUUAUGUGGAUUUACAUGGACAUGCCUCUAAAAGAGGCUGCUUUAUUUAUGGAAAUUAUUUUGAAAUGGAAGAUACUCAGGUAGAGAAUAUGUUAUAUCCUAAACUGAUAUCUAUGAACACUGCCCAUUUUGAUUUUACUGGCUGUAAUUUUACUGAAAGGAACAUGUAUACCAAAGAUAAAAGGGAUGGUAUGUCCAAGGAAGGAAGUGGUAGAGUGGCGAUAUACAAAUCUAUUGGCAUUAUACACAGUUAUACUCUGGAGUGUAACUACAACACCGGUAGAAUGGUGAAUCCAGUACCACCAGCUCAUGGUGAUGAGGGGAGAGCCACACCCCCUCCCAUGGCAGGAUUCCCACCCAAAUAUACACAAGCUCAUUUUGAAGAGGUAGGAAAAGCCUUAGCUAUAGCAGCCAUAGAUUAUGUUGACCAUAAUCCUUGGUCUAGAAUUAGCCAAUCAGAACACAACAGUUUAUCAGGAGUAAGAGAUAGCGUUAAAAGAUAUUUACGUAGCAUGAGAGGUGGACCUCGGAUACCAAGGAAUCCCCAGAGAUCAUUUAUAAGAAACAAUAAUACAAGUUCAACAAGCCAGACUAACAGUAGAGUAAGCAGACAAAACAGUACUGAUUCUAAUCAAAACAGUCGAUUUUCACGAUUCUCUGGGAAUGAAAGUAGUAGUAGUGCUCCACCAAAGUAUCAACGUAAAGAUUCCUUACCCAAUCAGAGAAGGGAACUUGGUCCGGUCAGAGAAGCUGCAUUAAGAUCACAACAAAGAAAGAGACCAGCACCUCCUAACAUCAACACACCUGUCUCGUCACGAUCACAACACAAUGGAUCUGGAAGCUCAGGGAUUCAAAGUGCACCGAGCAAUUAUACACCAAUAUCAUCAAGGUCUCACCAUAAUGGUUCCUCAAGCUCCGGCCUUCAAGGUGGACCUAUACCAGUAUCAUCAAGGUCUCACCACAAUGGUUCCACUAGCUCUGGAAUACAAAGUGGACCGGUCCCGUUUACAAUGAUGACUUCUGAUUAUAAAACUCCACGAUCAACAGAUGGUAAAAAUAAGGAGGAAUUAUCAGAGUUAAAGAAUGUCAAUUUGCUUGCCAUUGCCAAUAAGAAGUCUGGUCCACCUACUAGGAUUCCUCUCCCUACAGGUCGUCAGUUUGUUCAAUUGACAGCAUCUUCUAAGGAGGAAAAUUCUACAAAUUCAAGGAAUGGAGGAUCACGAGUCACUCAAUCUAAACAUGUUGUACAACAAUACCCAGUCAGGAAAGCCAGCGCAGAAGUUCUUACAGCCGAUAUCACAUCACCCAAAUUCCCUGGGGAAGUUCCACAAUACACAGGUCCUAUACCACCAUCCGAAUACAUGUAUGGUAGUGGUCCAGGAGACAACAGUGAUUCAUCAAAAAGAAGAAAAAGAUAUAUGUACAUGAGAAGAAAGAAUGUAUCGGCAAGUCCAAAAGCAAACAGUGCUGGAAAAGGUCAGAGCAAACAGGCUAGUGAUAGUGAUGCUGAAAGGGCUAGAAAUAAACGUAGACGUCGUAAAUCAUUACGGAAAAUUAACCAGUCUCCCUCGUCAGACGAGGCAGGACCAGUUGGUCAUUCUAGAUCAGGUGGUGGUAUGGAAAACACUACUCUUCAGCUGUCUCCAAGACACAUCAACACUACUGGCCAACAUCCAGACAAUCUCCUCUCCCUUAGACAGCUAUCGCACAGUAGGAGAGUGGAACUUAACUCCGCGCCAGAUUGUGAUGCUCCCACUCUAAGAUUCAGGCUGUUCAGGAUACCUCCGGUGUUAUAAUCCCUUAUGAUCAUGGAAGAAAGGUGGAAUCAUCAAAAUCUGGUCGACAAAAACCAUCUCCUAGUAAACUGACUGUGUUUUGGAUAGAAGGAUAGCAUCAUAACAGAACAUUCUCUAAGCUAGAUUUCACUUGAUACAGGAAAGAUAUUUUUUAUCUGUGAUAUAUUGUAUAAAAGUGUAAAGUUUAAAUUGUAACUGAUAACAUUGAUGUACUUUAAGGGCAUUUUGUUUUAUGAGGUAUAUAAAGUUAAUUGCUCAAUUGAGGAUUUUUUUAUAGAUGAAAAGAUUUGGUAUUUUAGUUAACAUAUCAAUAUCUUUAAAACAGGGACUUAUUUGUUUUGUAGAAUUAAUUGAAAACUGGACUGAAUGUAACCUAUUAAAACAUAUAUUGUGAAAAUUUAAGGUUACAUUCUUAAAACUUGUAUUUAUAAUUUAGUCAUUCUUCUAUAUGAUACGUUUUGUGGAUUUGCUAAAAGCAGGUUUCAAAUAUACUAAUCCGAUGUGCCAUUGUGAUGUUUAUAUUUAUGUAAUAGAAACUUUAUUUAUUUUAUUUAAUAUCUUUAUUUAACAUAGGCAUUGUUAAGUAUCUAUCAGUUUAGUUGCUUUGUUAUUUAUAUCAAUUACAUACAAUAGGUCUGCUGCACUGUAGUUGAAAUGAUUUCCUAGUUCAGUGUUCCUUUUCUGAUCAGUUGAGAUUGUAUCAUGAAUACUGAUAAUUGAUAAACAUUUUACUGGAAGUCUAUCAGAUUGUUGUUUUCUCAAGUGAGUCCUUGCUUUAUAAUUCGUAAAGACAUGAGUGAUAUUUGCUAUAAGCUAACAGCAUUGAAAAAACCUAAUAAGAACAACAGCAUUAGACUAAAUGCCUCUUAGUUUUCUCCAUGGGACAUCAGUUGCUGCAGUUAUUGAAUUCAUUGCACCAUCUUACAUGUAUCAAAGUAUGAAAACUUUAAAACAUGUUUCCAUAGUUGAGGGAAAGAUUACUAGCUUUUCUUAUUAUUUCUAUUCUUAUAUCAAAUGACCAAAUUUACUCAUGACAGAAUUUUGAAGAACAAAUUUCAAUACUCAUAAAAUAUUGUUCAGAAUAAAGUCUUUUAUUACAGUUUUUUAAUUGUUAAUUGGUAUAUUUAUUAGUGUCCCUAUAUCUAAUGGUAGUGUAAGAAUUUAGCAUAACAAGUCAUAUUCUAUAAAUGUAUUGCAUUCAUUCUCUACAAGUUUUCCAAUAAUUAGCUAACUCUGUUAUAUCUAUAAAACAGUUAUAUAUAUUGAAUAUCCAAGGUACUGUUGUCGUAUUACCUAUGAGUUGAAGCAUUGAUUAUCCUGAUGACAAGGUGUGAUAUAUAAGGUAAUAUCCUUGGAAGGUUGCUUUGUGUACUUUAUAUUGGCUAAUGAUCACUAAUCACUUUUUAUGUGUUCUUCAAACAUGCCAUAGAGUAAAUAACGGUCCAUACAACUUUCUUGUUCAAGUAUGAAUUUGACAGUUUGAAAAAAAGACCCCAACUUUCAAGUCAUCUCAAAAUGACAGAAAUUGUGUGAAAAAAUUUCCCUGAUCCUUGUACAUGAACCAAAGAUUUUAUAUCAGAAAAUGACAGCUAAAUACUGGUAAAAUUAUUCACGUUGCACAUUUUUAUGAGCAGUUGUUAUUUUAGUUUAUAUCCUUUUUAUGAAGUUGAGAGAUACCAGUUUUAAUUAGUUGCAAGAAAAUGUGUUUGUGAUUUGAUCAUUUUGGUUUUGUCAUGUAUUCAUUACCAACAAGUUUAGAGGUUUCCUUGCCUGUAUCAUACCAUUGCCAUUUAGUUUUGUCUAUACCAUGUUAUUUCUGGAUACCAUGUUAUUUCUGGGUGUGGUUUUAUGAAUGUUAAAUGAUUAGGUUUCUAUGGUUACAUUCUUCAUUGGGUGUAUUUUAUUGAAGUUUUUUCUAGACUUGUACUAAAAUGCUUCAUUUAGAAAUAUUUUUGUUUGCCAUUUUUUUUUAAAUUAUCAUUUUUUUUGUUUGAUACAGUUUGGAUUUAAGAUGGUGUUAUUUCAUAGAUGUAUUUUAAAUACUGUAUUUUUACUUUUUGUCAUAUAUAUUUAAUUUUGCAGCAUUUUAAGUAAAUACCAGUAAAACUGAAGUUGUGUGUUUAAUGUGUGUAUUUGUAAAUAUCCCCAUAAAGCAUUAAGAUUUUCAAGUCUUAUUUAUACCUACUACAAAUUUCAUGAAAAUGAAAAUGUAUACAUUUCCACCGAAGUACAUAUACGGAAGUUCCCUGUAUUACAUUCUUUAUGGAAACCUCGGUGGCUGAGUGGUUAAAGUACCGGUAGUCUAUAGUGUAUAGUGAUCACUUAGUAAGCCUGUCUCAGGUUGUGAGAUGGAACACACUUGUGGCAAGGUGCAGUCAACUCUGAUUUUGAAUGACUAGGAUUGCCAGUCUUCCUGCUGAAAGUCUGUGGUUUUCUUCAGAUAUUUCCACUUUCUCCAUCAAUAAAAACUUGUAGCCAUGAUAUAGCCAAGUGUGUUGAAAGUGGGGUUUAACACAAUCAAUCAAUCAAUAUUUUAUGAGAGGAGGAAUUCUUUCAGGUUUUCUGUUUGUUGUUUACUACAAAGUAAGUAAUAUUAUACAAAAACUAUUUUGUAUUCCUUGAAAUACAUAAAAUUUGGAACAUUUAAUCUAUUACUUUCAUAUUUCUCUUUAAUAUAAUUUAAAACAAAAUAUCUCGGAUCACUUUAACAGAAAUAAAGAGAAUAUAGGAUGAAGUAAUUAUGCAAUGUGUAAUUCAUGAAUGAAAAUUAGAAUUGUUUCACAGUGAAUCUUGAUUUGUAGUGCUGUUACAUGUAUUUGUUUAGAAAUAAAACUCAUCUAUGUUUGUAUUAUUGAAAGAAUGGGUUAUCAUUUUGAUUGUAUAUCUUCAUUGUUUUUCUUCAGUCGUAAUGGGAUUUUUCAUUGUGUUCAUCCCUAUCUUUAUUUGUCAACAGAUUUUUACAUUUCUUGAGCUUUAAAGACACCAAAAGGUGCUAAACCCCUCAAAAUUUUAAGAUUUUUUUUAUACCCAAUCAUAAAGAGGUAGGGUAAAUAGUAAUGCCAUGGAACAUAGAAUACAGUUGAAGUAGGAUUUUCACACCUUUGAAAUUUGCGGUUCAAGAGCAAUGCCCUCAACUAUAUUAAAAAUUAGGAAUUUUGGUUUUCCUGAUGAUAAUGAAAGUACCGUUUCACAGAAUCUAUUAAGAUUUAACAUCAUAUCAUCAUACAUAAAAUACAGGUUAAAUUGGAUGUUGACACCUCUGGCAUUUACUGUUCAAGAGUUAUGGUUUAAAUUAUCUAAGCAAUCUUUUUGCUUCAGGAUGAAAAGUUUAGUACCACUUGACAGAACCUUAUUAAAUUCUAACAGAAAUAAUGACAGCAACACAACAACCAAAAGAUAUCUAUUUAGAGGUCAACAAUUGAUUUUAGACAACAGACCCAUGUCUUAACAUAUGUUGAGCUCUUUAAGUCAUGCCCAGUCUGGAAGCAGUUUUAUGAACAUGUGUCCAGAUUUGUAAUAUCCAUGUAGAUACACAAACAAGCUAGACUGUGAUAGCAUUAGUUUUUGUUCUAUUUAUUGUACCAAAUAUUGGUAUUUCUUAUUUGUUUAUUUAUUUUUUAUACUAGAAAUGGAUGGGAAUCUAUAUUUAUAAAAUUAAUAGUUUUUGUUCCAAUAAACACAGAUUAAACUUUAUAUAGCAUUUAUUAUAAUUUAAUUGUCUUUUAAUAUAUUUUUGUCUUUGUCAAAAUUUGAUUUAAUUUGAAAAACUUACUUCUAGUUUAGGUUGCAAUAGAUUUCCUUGAAUCAUUGACUCAAUUUCUUGCAGCAUUUAAUUAGAAUUUUGGUUUCAAAAUAUUAAGAUUUAAUUUUUGCAUUUGAAAUUUUUUUACUGAAAAUUUAUUUUAUUUUAUGAUUAAUUUGUGAUGGUAAUAUUCAUAUUUAGAGUUUCAUGAGUUUAUGUCAACCAAGGGUUUUAUCAUAAAUAUGCAAACCACAACAGCAUUGAGAUGUUAACUUAAUGGUAAUAAUAUAUGGAAGGUACUUACAAUAUUCAUGCUGUGUGUUGUAAGGAGACUCAUACAGAUUCAGGCAUUCCUAUAGCUGUUUUUGACCAAAAAUAUCUUGUUUUUUAAUCAUACAAAUAAGACCCUACAAUGUUACUUAAGAUAAUUUUAUAAUGUUGACAUUUUUUCUUUUUAUUAUAGGAAUGAAAUCCUAUACCCCUUUUCAUUUAAAAAACGUACGAUAGAAAUAUUUAGUGAGUUAAACUGAGGUCUGAUUUUAAGAGAUUUUUACAUUGUUUUUGUCUUGAAGAAACUAUGUUGGAUUUAGAUUAACAGCAGAUUGAGAAUUAAAAGCAUUAUCAGAAUA